CCGCUGUCCCCGGGGAAGCGCUCGGGCACCUCGAUUUCUGUCACCACGAAGUCGGCAGGGGAGUUUUUGAUGGUGCCGCGGAAGCCGCUGUGUUCGGUCAGGAGCUGAGGAUGGGCGAGCCUGUGACGGCUUCCACGCUCGUCCGCUGCCUGAGCUACGGGCUCAUAAGGCGGCUGGCGGACCACAUCGACCCGCAGGAGGGCUGGAGGAGGCUCGCCAUGGAUAUAACAAACCCGUCCGGUGAAGGCAGAUACAGCCAGAUGCACAUAAGGAGAUUUGAGGCAUUUGUACAAAUGGGAAAGAGUCCCACGUGUGAGUUGCUUUUUGACUGGGGAACAACAAACUGUACAGUUGCUGAUCUUGUAGAUCUACUGAUUAGAAAUCAAUUACUAGCACCGGCAAGCCUGUUGCUUCCAGAACCUGUAAGGAUGCCACAAGAAGUUACAUUACCUCUUUCUUCACAGGAAACCUUCCCUGUGCAUGAGAAACAACUACCUGUACAGGAAAAAGAAGCAGCAUCUGUAAAGCCUGUUUUAGCUCAGAGUACUGAAAAGCAACAUUCAGAUCCUUCCUGCUUAAGUCAAAAAACCAGCAGUUCACAGUCCAGUAACACAGAUUUCCAUAAUUUUUUGUUCCAUGAUUUGGAAAGCAUUACAAAUAAUUUUGAUGCCCGACCAGAAUCGUCUGGAGGUAACAAACUGGGAGAAGGCGGCUUUGGCAUUGUAUUCAAAGGCUACAUCAAUGGCAGAAAUGUGGCAGUCAAGAAGCUCGUUGCUAUGGUUGAUGUUAGUGUUCAGGACCUGAAGCAGCAAUUUGAACAGGAAAUAAACUUGAUGGCAAAAUGUCAGCAUGAAAAUCUAGUAGAAUUACUUGGUUUCUCAAGUGAUGGUGCUCAGCCAUGUCUGGUGUAUGAAUACAUGCCCAACGGUUCAUUGCUUGACAGACUUGCUUGUCUGAAUGACACUCCACCAAUUUCUUGGAAUACAAGAUGUAAAAUUGUUCAAGGUACAGCAAAUGGCAUCAACUUUUUGCAUGAAAAUAAUCAUAUUCAUAGAGAUAUUAAAAGUGCAAAUAUCUUAUUAACUGAUACAUACAUACCCAAAAUUUCUGACUUUGGCCUUGCAAGAGCAUCUGUAACAUUCACACAGACAAUCAUGACUGAAAGAAUUGUUGGAACAGCAGCGUAUAUGGCACCUGAAGCUCUGCGAGGAGAGAUAACGCCUAAAUCUGAUAUCUUCAGUUUUGGAGUAGUUUUACUGGAAAUAAUAACGGGUCUUCCUCCAGUAGAUGAAAACCGAGAGCCACAGUUACUGUUAAGUAUAAAAGAUGAAAUUGAGGAUGAGGAAGCAACUAUUGAGGAUUAUGUUGAUGAAAAGAUGAGUGACUGGGAUGUACCUUCAGUUCAUAAAAUGUUUUCAAUUGCUGAUCGGUGUCUGAAUGACAAAAAAAACAGAAGACCAGACAUUAAGAUGGUGCAACAGCAUCUCCAAGAGAUUAAAACGUGAUACGUGUUUCUUCUGAUACACAAAUGUUUUUGUAAUGGAGUAGACACCAGUAGCAAAUAUUUAAUUAGCAAUUAUUUAUGUGGCAUUAUCAGCUUUUCUGCUUUCCAGAACAUUCUGGACAUGCGUAAUAUUGUGCUGUUGGCCUGUCCUCCUCCUGUUAACGGGGCAGCCCUUUCUCAUAUCCUUAGCCACUGGGCCCUUAACAUGAGAACUUCUGUGUUAACAAAUUGCAUCAUCUUCUCCCCAACUUUUUAAAUGCACUUCCAUAUUGGAAUCUAUUUGAUUCUUUUUAUUUCCAAGUUUCAAGUAUGUCUGCUGCAAAGGCAUAUGACUAUAACAGGGCAGAAUGUUUUGGGUUUUUUUUCUGAAAACUGCUUUCUUGAUCAGGUGUACUAGAUGUUCUUCUAUUGCAGAAAAAACCAUAUAAUAGCUAUAAAGGGGACUUAAUGUCUGUUUGGGAAAAGACAAUAGCAUUUAGAACAAACUUCUAUUUAGGAUUUUAAUUUGAGAGUUCAGAUUAGCGUGAAUGGUCUGGUACUGUUAGUGAAUGUGGCUAUAUUUCAGAAAUCUUCUUGGCAUUAGCAUUUAGUCAAAUAAAUGCUGCAAGACAUUUUCUAGGUUGUUUUUUGAUUUCAUGGAUUCCUGAGCAAAAUAAUUAUCUUGCUGUAUUUGCACUUGCAAAUACUUUCUUACUGUGAACUCUGUGAUGACAAACCAUUCCAUUUUUAUUCAUAGGAAGAUAGCUACUUUGACUAUUUUCAGAGAGGAUUGAGUAUUUUAGUACUUCGUGAGAGGAUUCCCUAUGGAUUA